AUGCCAGGGUACUCAAAAAACCACUACAGCAGCAACUUCUUCUCGCAAGACCUGCAAGAGUCCGACUGUGUGAUACAGGAGUUCCUGCUCGACGCUAAUUGCUUCUCCAUUCCAGCGGCAGCGGUGGAUGGAGGGAUCUACUGCAUCGCUGAGGGCUCACUUCAGAACGGGGAGGUGGUGGAGGCGCCGACCGUUCUCACCAAGGGUGCAGAAGCAGCGACAGCAGGGGCAUUCACUGCCGACCCGCUCGUGCUCUUCUCGUAUGAUUCUGUCAAGGAGGGCUGUGGCACACAGCUGCAGUUCCAAGCCAACUUCACCUUCUUCAUGUUGCCUUCCACCGCUGCUGCUGCUGCUGCUGCUGCUGCUGCUGCUGGCCAGGGAGGCAACGGGCUCGCGUUUGUGAUUUCGGCGACGAAUGCGGCGGGGACUGGCGGGGAGGGGGGAGGGGUGGGGUACGCUGGCAUGGACGCUCGGAGCGUGGCGGUGGAGUUUGACACGUUCACAGAUGCAGCGCAUGGGGACAUGCCCGCCCACCACGUGGGGCUCAACACCGGCGGCAGCGCCACUUCCGUCAAGGCCGUUCAAUCACCCUUCCGUCUCAACAACCGAAAGGCUUAUACAGCGUGGAUUGAUUACUUUCCCGGAGCCCCCGGAGCCCUCAAGGUGUACCUGUCUGGGGACGAUGUGAAGCCAGAUGUGCCUCUACUGGAGAGCCCUCUGUCGCUGUGUGACGUGCUGCAGCCAAUGGCUGCUCAAAGAGCGUUCUACUUUGGGUUUGUGGCGUCCUCUGUGGCCCCCUUCCAGCAGCAGCACGCCAUCCUGGUGUCUCUCAUCCGAACAGGGUUUUCAAUUCCCGCAAAAGCCAGUGCAGUAUCCAUCGUUCCAGCCUUCGGCUUAGCCCUGUCUGCAACGACGUUCCGGCCUUUGCGGGCGAGUCCGUUCACGCGGUACGUGAGUGGAUCCUACUCGCUCACGCAGUCGGGGCAGCAGGACGCCUGGCUCCUCCGAGACCCCUCCUCCUGGGAUGUGCCCUGGCUAUCCUGGCCCGUCAAGGACCAGGACGCCUGCAAUGCGUGCUGGGCAUUCGCAGUGGUGGCGAGCGUAGAGGCUGCCUAUGGCAUCGCACAGAAGUUACCCGCGCCACAGCUGUCAGUGGAGUCGCUCUUUGCAGCCAUGGGGCUCACCACUCAAGAAGGGAAGUGCAGCGCUGGAGGCUCCCCAACAGACGCCUUUGAGAAGCUGCUCGCUCUGCCCAAAGGGGGACUAACUCUAGUCGCCACAUUGCCUGCAAGCACAAGCAAAACGGCUGUUGUGAAGUACUAUCCCGUUCAGGGCUUUGAGCGCACGCGGUUCAAGGGGUACGUGGGGCUCAUGCUGGCAGUGGAACGGCAGCCGGUGCUGGUUCACAUCGAAGCCUCUGCUCCCACGUUCGCCACAUACGACGGGGGUUGGGGCGACAGGGGUCACAUGCGCAUGGACAUUCAGGGAGGGGAUGGCGUGUGUGGCAUCAAUGUGCUGCCUGGCAUCUACCCAAUCAUCAAGAUCCCGGGCGACCCCUGUCUUCUCCAGGGCUUUAAAUUUGACCGGGAGGACUGGCCGGCCAUGAACCCGUGCGGGCGCUUUGACUGCCGCGCCAACACGCGCCGCACCGCUUACACAUGCAACUGCAACCUGCCCCGCCCUGGGCCCCAGCCGUUUGUGGAGGUCGCCAACGCGGACGCCUCGCGCACCUGCGCCUACAUGGACGUGUGCGGAUCCUAUACCAGCAACCCCUGUGCCGUGGGCACAUGCAUCAACGAUGGCAAGGGCUCCUACUCCUGCAUCUGCCCUCCCAACUACGCUGCCAGCUCCACCAUUGACAACUUCCCCACCUGCGGCCCAGCUCCACCAUUGACAACUUCCCCACCUGCGGCCCAGGCACCUCUCUCCAUCCCCAUGUCUUCCCUUCCUGCAUAUUUCAUCCUCAUCUUCCCUGCCGACGUGACAGCAACAACAGUGGCAGUGGGAGCAGACAACUGGCAGUGUGCGGACGUGCAUCCUAUCAUGGGGCUCACCCUUUCCAUCUUCACCACUCUCAACAAGUCCAUGCAGUGUGAGUGUGCGGGCAAAUCCCGGUUUCUCCACGUGCAUCCAGUCAUGGGGCUCACCCUUUCCAUCUUCACCACACUCAACAAGGGCAUUGACUGCAGCAAGCCGCUGAAGAGAGGCACAACACUGAAUAUCAAGCCCCCUUCACCCAUUGUUGCCUGCACCACCUUUUUCUUCACUGUGAACAGCCUCUCUCCCGGCCGCUCUCUGUGCCUGGAGCGCAAUCCAGAGCUUGUGAGCACGGCGCCUGUGUGCUUGCAAUACGCGAUGCUGACAGCGCAGGAAACGUGCGAGCGGCUUCUGAAAGGGUCUGUUGCCAUAGUGAAUGCGGCUGCGUGGGCCGCUCUCUACCGCAACAACCCCGGCCUCGUCUGCUCCAACACCAUCCCUGGCUCUGCUUCGGCUGCUGGGAGCAACACUGGUGUGCAGGUGAGAGGGCAGGCGGAGGGCGGGUGA